CACCAGUUUGACUGAUAAAGGUUGUGGAUCAUGGAAGAACAACUCCUAAACAACAGCAUCCUUGAUCAAUUUGUCCAUAGCCAUGAGCAGUCGUAUGAAGAGUUUCUAAAUACAUUUACUUACCUUUUGAAAGAAAAAGAGGGGAAGACAAUACAAGGAUGUAAAGCGGAUUCCCUAAGAAAAACAUUUUCCACAUCUGAGGUAUCACGAGGAGCUAAAGAGGAUGAUGGUUCACUUGGAAGAAGUGAAGAGCUGUCAGUGCCUCUCCCACCACAGAUGCCAAAUGGGAAUAAGACAGAGAUGAGUGAGUGCUGGAAAGCUGGUGGUCCUGAUGGAAACAAUCUCAGACUGACUGAAAGAGUAAAGGUGGACAAAUUUUUAGAUUUGCAAGAUAUAGACACAGAAGAAGCGACAUACAGUGCAGGGUCAUUCAUUCUUCCAGGAGAGGUGGAGCAGACAGUGACAUGCUGUACACUUUCCUUUGAUCAGCCUGUUCAACAGAAGUUCAGGACCUUGCCAGUUAUACAGGCAUCAGGCAGCCAAACACAAGAGCUACUAGGGGAUGAUGUUCAACCAUUCUCACUUGAUGAAGAAUUUGAUUAUGACAAUGUGCCUUUGACUCCUAAGUUCUCUGAAGCUGACCUGAAGGCCCUAACAGACUUGUCUGAAGAGAAGAAAAUGGAGACAGAUAUUGUAGGAGGCAUUUGGAAGGAUGUCUCAAAUGACAGCCAUGAAUUCUUUCUUCUAGAAGAAUCCUUGAGUAGGCCGAAGCCUGCACUGCCUCCG